GAAUGUGUAUGCUAAGGCUGCUGGGAUCUAAUGAGUUAUCAGCCAGAUCAGGUCUCACUGGAAGAAGCUCUUCGUCUUGACAGCAUUCUCAAUGGAACACUAAGAAUCAACUUUAAACUCGUUCUUCUUACUCACUCAGGUUCCUGUAUGUUCCCCAACUUGUGGAUCUGAUGUCCUGGGAGCUCAUCCUGACCGCACACAUCCUCCCCUAGAUCUGCAAGGUGAUCUGAGCCUGCCUGGCUGCCUAUUUAUGUGCUUGUGUCUCGGUUGCCUAUUAAGGGAUUUGCAAGGCAGAGAGGAUCUGAGCCAGGGCUUGUCAUAUUGUAAUCAUGGGGCUGCAGCCCUUGGAGUUCAGUGAAUGCUACCUGGACAGCCCUUUUCUGAGGGAAAGGAUACGGGCACACGAGGUGGAGUUGGACAGAACCAACAAGUUUAUUAAGGACUUGCUGAAGGAUGGGAAAAACCUCAUUGCUGCUACCAAAAGCCUAUCCGGAGCUCAGAGAAGGUUUGCCAGUUCACUUGAAAAUUUUAAAUUUGAAUUCAUUGGAGAUGCGGAAACCGAUGAUGAAAGAUGUAUCGAUGCAUCUCUGCGGGAGUUUUCUCAUUUUUUACGAAAUCUUGAAGAACAGCGGGAAAUCAUGGCAUUGAGUAUAAACGAAACCUUGAUUAAACCCUUGGAGCGAUUUCGAAAGGAACAGCUGGGAGCCGUUAAGGAGGAAAAGAAGAAAUUCGAUAAAGAAACUGAAAAAAACUAUAGUGUUCUGGAGAAACAUUUAAAUCUGUCAGCAAAAAAGAAGGAACCACAACUCCAAGAGGCAGAUGGCCAAGUGGAGCAGAAUCGACAGCAUUUUUAUGAGCUGUCACUUGAAUAUGUAUGUAAACUGCAGGAAAUCCAGGAGCGGAAAAAAUUCGAAUUUGUGGAACCUGUAAGUAAACAUAAGAUGCUGGCGUUUUUUCAAGGGAUUUUCACUUUUUACCAUCAGGGAUAUGAACUUGCGAAAGACUUUAAUCACUACAAACUAGAAUUACAAAUCAAUAUUCAGAAUACACGGAAUCGUUUUGAAGGAACAAGGUCGGAGGUUGAAGAAUUGAAGAAGAAAAUCCAGAAAUGUCCACAGGAGCAUAAAAGGCCCAGUCCAUAUACAAUGGAAGGAUAUCUAUAUGUACAGGAGAAACGACCUGCUCCUUUUGGAUCAAGUUGGGUAAAACACUACUGCAUGUAUAAAAAGGAUUCCAAAAAAUUCUCAAUGUUCCCGUAUGAACAUAGAUCAGGAGGGAAAAUUGGUGAUGGAGAAAGUUUUACACUGAAGUAUUGUAUAAAACGCUAUACAGACUCAAUAGACAGAAGAUUCUGCUUUGAUGUGGAAGCUGUAGAAAGGCCAUGUGUCCUUAUUACAAUGCAAGCUGCUUCAGAAGAAGAUCGAUUGCUAUGGAUGGAAGUCUUGGAUGGAAAAGGAGCUCGGUUUCUUAGCUUGAGCAGAUCUACGACUAGAACUGAAGGAGGUGCACAACUAGACAAAUCUGGGCUCACUAUUGUGAAAAAUUGUAUCAGUGCUGUUGAAACUAUGGGUAUUAAUGACCAAGGAUUGUACAGGGUUGUGGGGGUGAGUUCAAAGGUCCAGAGACUUCUGAGUUUGUUGCUGGAUGUGAAAACGUGCUGUGAUGUAGACCUGGCGAGUGGAGAGUGGGAGGUGAAAACCAUCACAAGUGCUUUGAAGCUAUAUUUAAGAAGCCUGCCAGAACCAUUGAUGACUUACGAGCUGCAUGAACAAUUCAUCAAUCCUGCCAAAUGUGGAAGUCCAGAGUCCAGAGUGAAUGCCAUUCAUUUUUUAAUUUAUAAACUUCCUGAAAAAAACCGAGAGAUGUUGGAUAUUCUCAUCAAGCAUUUAGCCACUGUUUCGAGGCAUGCCAAGCAGAAUCUGAUGACCGUUGCUAAUCUCGGUGUAGUAUUUGGUCCAACAUUAAUGAGGCCUCAAGAGGAAACUGUAGCUGCCAUUAUGGAUCUGAAGUUUCAAAAUAUUGUGGUUGAAAUACUUAUAGAAAAUAAUGAAAAGAUUUUUACAAACCCUCCUGAUGACUCAUUGUCUGAGCCGUCUAUGUCUAUAUCCCCUCCCAGUGCUCCACCAAGGCAAUCUAGAAGGCAGCGCAACAAGAGACCGCUGGCUGUGUAUAAUCUCUGCCUAGAGUUAGACAAUGUUGAAAAUAAUGGUGCCCCCAGAGAAGACACUCCUCCAGGUAGCAUGGAUUCCCUUUCUCCUCAACCACUCACUCCUACGACCACAUGCCCAGAUCCCAUGACAGAGGAGGAGAAGAAUGAUCUUACCGCAGACAGUGUUUUGGACUGGGCUCAGUCAAAUAUGAUUUCUACUGCUAUGGCUUCGUGGAUGAAUAGUGAGUUAUGUACACCAUCAGCAGAAUCUACCUCUACUCUCUUAACAGUGCCAACACUCGCUACACAACCCCAAGAGGCACCAUCAAUCCCCUUGUCUUCUACUACACCCAGUGACAUACAUCCAGAAAGCUUUUCUAACAGGAAGGCAAAAGCAGUGUUUCCCUGUGAGGCAGAACAUAGCUCAGAGCUAUCUUUUCAAGUAGGCGCUGUGUUUGAGGAUGUUCAUUACUCAAGGGAGCCAGGAUGGCUUGAAGGGACACUGAAUGGCAAGAAGGGACUUAUUCCACAAAAUUAUGUCCAGUUUCUCUAGUAUUGUGGACUGAAAUGUUCAUGGAAACUGUUCAUGGUAUCCAUGCGUUUCCAUUCCAGCAGCUUUCUUCCUGUUUCAUUGCACAACUGCUUUGAUCACAUGACCAGACAUCAGUUGGCAGAAAUCAUUUAAAAAAAUUUUUUUUUGGAGAGAUAUACAUUAUUGCCAAAUUGACAUACAUUUUAAGAUAUUUUAUUACACUAUGUUUAAACUUGUUAAUGUCUUUAUUUUAUUUUUUGUACACAAAAAAAAAGAAUAUUAUAAUUAUUUCACUAAUUUUACAUCAUUCCUGGGUAAUGAGACAAUUUUGUGCAAUUAUAUUUAAAUUAAGAGUGACGUAUUGCCUUUUUGACUACAAAUUUAAGAUGAAAUAAAAUGCAUGUCUUCACAUAUAAUAUAACUUAACGCGGCUUGUGCAGGAGCCGUUAAAUAUUUUUGCACCUUUUUAAAGGCUUUUCGUAAAAUUUAUAGUGUACAAUUUGUAAAGAUGAUUCACUUUUGCAGUUUACAAAAUGACAACAUUUUAUAUUGUCGUUUUUUUGUGUUUAUUUUUGUAUUUUAUGACUUGUUAAUUGUUGUAUUGUUUUGUAGGAGUCGCAUACAACUUAUUUGUUUUUAGCUCCCAUUUGUUCAGUGGUAAUGUUUUACAAGUAUAGUACUGCCAAAUUAUUAUUUCCCUGAAAUAAAAUAUUAUUUAAUGUU